GGGCCUGAGGCCGUGGGGGGCCGGGCCUGAGGCGGGCGGAAGGCGCGGCGCGGCAGCAUGGCGGAGGCCGGGCCGGGUAGCGGCGCGGCGCGGUAUCGGGGCGCUCUCCACCCCGAUACCUGGGAGCAGGAGCUGGAGACCAUCCCCAUGUUUAUGAAGCGGUGCCCGGCAGAGAUCGACGCGGCGCGGCAGCCCGAGCUGGCCUGCCUGCAGUCCCUCCUCUUCGACGAGGAGCAGGGCCCCGCAGAGCUGGCCAGGAUGUACAAAAACGAAGGGAACGAGUACUUCAGGGAGAGGGACUACGGGAGGGCUGUCAUCGCCUACACCGAGGGGCUCAGAAAGAAGUGCGAGGACGCAGAGCUGAACGCCGUGCUGCACACGAACCGGGGCGCCGCGCAGUUUUACCUGGGUAACUAUCGUUCUGCUCUCAAUGAUGCCAUCCAAGCAAAAAAGCUGAAGCCCACCCAUCUCAAAGCAAUCAUAAGAGGAGCUCUCUGUCACAUGGAGCUAAAGAAUUUCUCUGAAGCAAUAGCAUGGUGUGAAGAGGGCUUGCAAAUAGAUUCAAAAGAGAAAAAGCUUGUGGAAAUGAGAGCUAAAGCUGACAAAUUAAAGCGAGUCAAGGAGCGGGAUGCAAGGAAAGCAAUGGUGAUGGAGAAGAAAGAGCAGUGUCAAAAGGAAAUUUUGCUUGCAGCAAUAAAGGAAAGAAAUAUCAAGCUGGUUCUUGAGCCUUCAGAUGAAGAAGAGGAAAUAUCAGAUGGUGUGGCUGAGAUAUCCUUAGAUGGGUUCCACUCUGACAAUGCCAUGGGGGCAAAGGUGCACUUAGAUGCUGAAGGCAGCCUGAACUGGCCUGUCCUCUUCCUGUACCCUGAGCACGAGCAAACAGACUUUAUUGCAGCUUUUCAUGAGAACGCCAGGUUUAUUGAUCAUUUAAUGGUGAUGUUUGCUGAGUUACCUCCUUGGGAUUUAGAAAGAAAAUACCUUCCCAGCAAUCUUGAGCUCUAUUUUGAAGAUGAAGAGAGAGCAGAGAUGUACGAGCUGAACCCAGAACACACUUUGCUACAAGUGCUGCAGCAUGAAAGGUAUUUCAUAAAGGCUGGGACUCCAACAGUUUUGGCAUUUGCAAAGUGUUCUCCUUUCUCUAAGAAGUACUUCUCUGGCAAGAAGGUCCAUCGACUAUAAGGAGCAAGAAUGAAACUAGAGGAAUCCCAUGCAAGAGGCUGCUGUUUGUUAUCCCAGCUACAGGCUGCAAACCUCUGCUUGAACAAAAAUACAUUGCACACUUCAGGGGAGAAAUAAUCUUGGCACACAGGGAAACUUGCAGGAGAGCAGCAUAAGAGAAUGGAGGGUUUACAAGAGGGGAUUAUUUGUUUAAAAAGAAAUCCAGCUGGCUUGCAGAAGGUCUCCUCUUGUGAUAGGCUGCAUGUGGUUUUGAAAUAAAACUGAAGCAGUGCCAAACACUGGCUGCAGUUGAAGCAACAGCAGCUGGGAAUGUACUUACCUGUAAAAAAUCACUGAUCUCCAUGGAGGUGGGUUGUAGUUGCUGUGGUUUAACAGCAGUGGUCUGGGGAGAUACCCGCCUGUUGCAGCAGGAUGGAUGCAGUCAGAUUCCUGCCUGGGAUUAAGCAGCUGCUCUUUUUUCACCACUUUGCUCUGCUGCGGGCCAGGGUAAAGCAGAGCUGUCUAUUCAGAGAGGUGUGUUUUACUGACCCUUUUGCUACUUUACUGAUUGUCUUAUAUAACUUAGAAAUAAACGUGUCUAUUUUAAGUAGA